AUGGGCUCUAAAGAUGGUCCAUCUGGUUUCGGUAGCCUGGAUGAACUGGUCGAGCCAGGAGAACGGGUCGGUCGACAGAACUGGGGUCAGGAAGUAGGUGGACAAAUGGAACCCGAGGAUGUAGAACACGAUCUGCAACAGAGCAAGCACGGCCCAAUUGCGCUCGGUUUUCUGGUACACGAUGUAGAUCGGAUAGCACAGGCCUGUAGCCGAAGCAAAGGAGACCAUCAAUUUCUGGAGGAUCUGAAGGUACACAGGCGACGUGUUAUCGAUGAAGACAAGAAGAACGACCGAGAGCGUGGCGAUGAUGUUUCUGUCGCUUUUGGUGAACGAUUUCGGAGCAACGUACUGCAGCAAGUAUUGGACACACAGGUGCCAGACUGGAGUGAGCGCCAUGAUCGGAAAGGUUGGAUGGUACGAGUCGUGCGAGGACACAAGCUGGACUUCGAGCAGCACGGCCACUCCUAUCUGGACCACGAUCUGGAGAUCAGACACCAGUGUGACACAGCCUCCUAG